UGCGAUGCCUGCACGAGCUGGGUGCGGUCCGCGCAGCUGCAGUAAGGAGGUGACCCGGCGUCUAUUAGUUGGUGGUUCAUCUCCUUCGUGCCUCGAGGAGCUGUAACGCCGCUUUCCUCCAUUCUCUUUCUUCACUCUUGAGUUUCCAAGAUGGCAACUGUCAAGAGUGAACUUAUUAAGAAUUUCGCGAAAGAGGAGGCCAUUCAUCACAAUAAGAUCUCCAUUGUAGGAACUGGAUCGGUUGGUGUGGCCUGUGCUAUCAGCAUCUUAUUAAAAGGUUUGAGUGAUGAACUUGUCCUUGUGGAUGCUGAUGAAGGCAAACUGAAGGGUGAGACAAUGGAUCUUCAACAUGGCAGCCCUUUUAUGAAAAUGCCAAAUAUUGUCUCCAGCAAAGAUUACUUGGUCACUGCAAACUCCAAUCUAGUGAUUAUCACAGCAGGUGCACGCCAGAAAAAAGGAGAAACACGCCUUGAUUUAGUCCAGCGAAAUGUGUCCAUCUUUAAAUUAAUGAUUCCCAAUAUUACCCAAUAUAGCCCUCACUGCAAACUGCUUAUUGUUACUAAUCCAGUGGAUAUCUUAACUUAUGUAGCCUGGAAGUUGAGCGCAUUUCCCAAAAACCGUGUUAUUGGAAGUGGUUGUAAUCUGGACUCUGCUCGUUUUCGUUACUUUAUUGGGCAAAGGCUUGGCAUCCACUCUGAAAGCUGUCAUGGGCUGAUCCUUGGAGAGCAUGGCGACUCAAGUGUUCCUGUGUGGAGUGGUGUGAACAUUGCUGGUGUCCCUCUGAAGGAUCUGAACCCAGAUAUAGGAACUGAUAAAGAUCCUGAGCGGUGGGAAAAUGUCCACAAAAAAGUGAUUUCCAGUGGCUAUGAGAUGGUCAAAAUGAAAGGUUAUACUUCUUGGGGCAUUAGCCUAUCUGUAGCUGAUUUAACAGAAAGUAUUUUGAAGAAUCUCAGGAGAGUGCAUCCAGUUUCUACCCUAAGUAAGGGCCUCUAUGGAAUAAAUGAAGAAAUAUUCCUUAGUGUCCCAUGUAUCCUGGGAGAGAAUGGCAUCACAGACCUCAUAAAAGUGAAACUGACCCUUGAAGAGGAGGCCUGCUUGCAAAAGAGUGCAGAAACACUCUGGGAAAUUCAGAAGGAACUCAAGUUUUAAAGUUGCUUAAAGUUACCAUUCUAUAGAUUGAAGAUGAAAUAGUAGUUAUGGAAUUGUAUAUGUCAAACUUUAAAAUAAAUUUGAAUUUCUGAAAGUUGGAAAAAUAGAGGAAAGAGUGACCUAUUUAGUGUAGCCUUCCAGCUUUUUUUUUUUUUGGGUGGGUCUCAUUCUGUUACCCAAGCUGGAAUGCAGUGGCACCAUCACGGCUCACUGCAACCUUGACCUCCCGAACUCAGGUGAGCCUCCCACUUCAGCCUUCAGAGUAGGUGGGACCACAUGUGUGUGCCUCCAUGCCUGGCUAAUUUUUGUAUUUUUUUGUAGAGAUGGGGUUUUGAACUCCCAAAGUGCUGUGAUUACAGGGGCGAGCCACUGUGCUUGGCCUUAGCUUUGAUUUAGUAUCC